GGUAGGGUUUGCGGAAAAAAAUUGGAACAUCCAGCUAUCUUUUGAAAUAGCUCUGCCGACCGUUUAGAUUUCCUUUCUUCCAAUUCAAACAUUAUUUUUUUUCAAUUUGUCUGAGCUGACAGUAACCCAAUCUGAGAUUCGGACUAUUAACGCUUCGAGAUCUGAUCAAACUUGAAGCUCGCGUGAGGGGUGAGUAGAAAGAGAUCCUGAGCUGUUGGUCUGACUAAUCCUUCAUAAAAAGGGUAUAUCUCUUAAUGGAAAGUGAGUGUACAACAACAACGAGCUCAACCCCUCCUCCUCCUCAGGGGAUUACUCAUGAAGGGAACCCCAAAUCGCGUCAAGGGAGGACUAGUGGCCCUGCAAGACGUUCUACUCGAGGUCAAUGGACUGCCGAGGAGGAUGAGAUUUUGACAAAAGCUGUCCAUAGUUUUAAAGGGAAAAACUGGAAGAAGAUCGCUGAAUUUUUCAAGGACCGAACUGAUGUCCAGUGCCUCCACAGGUGGCAGAAGGUCCUUAACCCUGAACUUGUUAAAGGGCCAUGGACUAAGGAGGAAGAUGAAAUGAUCGUUCAGUUAAUCCAAAAAUAUGGGCCCAAGAAGUGGUCCACUAUUGCUCGUUUUUUGCCUGGCCGUAUUGGAAAACAAUGUAGAGAGAGGUGGCACAAUCACCUCAAUCCUGCCAUAAACAAGGAAGCUUGGACUCAAGAAGAAGAGCUGGUUCUCAUUCGUGCUCAUCAAAUAUACGGUAAUAGAUGGGCAGAGUUAACAAAGUUCUUGCCUGGAAGGUCGGAUAAUGGAAUUAAAAACCACUGGCACAGCGCAGUUAAGAAGAAACUCGAUUCCUAUAUGUCCUCUGGCCUUUUGGAUCAGUACCAAGCUAUGCCUCUAGCUCCUUAUGAUAGAAGUUCCGCGUUACAGUCUGCUUUUAUGCAGAGUGCUAUGGAUGGUAGUGGCUGCGUAAGUGGACAGGCAGAGCUAGAAAUAGAAAACUGUCAGAUUUCAAGCAUGGCAGGCUGCUCUAUGUCUGCAAAAGACUAUCAAAAUGGAAUAAUGAAUGUGAAUGAGGGAGCUGCAUAUCGUUCGGAUCAGUAUUAUUAUCCGGAACUGGAAGAUAUCUCAGUCUCCAUCUCAGAAGGCUCUUAUGAGAUGGAGGACUGUUCACAGUUUAGUGUCUCGGCUUCUACGAGCCAGGAUUACCAAUUUGAUUUUCAGGAACUGUCGGAUAUUUCACUGGAGAUGAGCCAUGAUAUGUCAGAGUUACCGAUACCAUACACCAAGGAGAGGAAGGAAUCCUCUCUAGGGGCUCCAAACUCCAUAUCAAGUAUAGAUGUGGCUACUUACACCAACCGAGCAGACGUUCAGACACCCGAAACGGAAUGUUGCAGAGUCCUUUUCCUUGAUCAAGAGAGUGAAGGGCUCAGUGUUUCUAGAUCUUCAACCCAAGAGCCAAACAAGGAAGACUAUCAAGAUCCUGUUAUGUGUGCAUCAUCAGCUUCAGAAGUUACAAAAUCUCCUAUGAAGAGCUCUUCUUCAACGUCCAUUGCAACACCUGCCUCAGGCAAGGAAACUCUUCGGCCGGCUCCCUUAAUCAUAACACCCGAAAAGUAUUCCAAGAAGACAUCCGGAUUGAUGUGUCAUCCUUUUGAGGCAGAACCAAACUGCAGAACAAACGAAAACGGUAGCUUCAUAUGCAUCAAUGAUCCUUCGAGCUCUACAUGUGUUGGUGAAAGGCCUAAUAACACCAGCGAAGAAGAUGAAUCUUAUCAUCUGAACGAUUCCAAAAAGCUGGUUCCAGUGAACGAUUUUGCUUCUCUGGCAGAAGUUAAGCCACACUCUCUUCCCAAGCAUGAAACAAACAUGUCAAGCGAGCAGCAUCACGAGGAUGUGGGAGCAUCAUCGUCAAGUCUAUGUUUUCCAAGCCUGGACCUACCUGCUUUCAACGACCCCCUGCACGAUUAUAGCCCUCUUGGCAUACGCAAGCUACUGAUGUCCAGCAUGGCGUGCAUCAGCCCCCUUAGACUGUGGGAGUCUCCCACUGGGAAAAAGACGUUGGCUGGUGCAAAGUCAAUCCUGAGGAAACGCACCCGUGACCUGCUGACACCGCUAUCUGAGAAGAGAAGUGAUAAAAAGCUUGAAACUGAUAUAGCAGCUAGUCUGGCAAAGGAUUUUUCACGCCUAGAUGUGAUGUUUGAUGAGAGUGAGAGUCGAGAAUCUAUCUCUGGAACUAGCGCUGGUGUCAAUCUUGGUGAUAAAGAGAACCAAGAGAGCUUGAGGGGUGAGCAUACUUCACUAGUUAGUCACAGAAUGCCAGAAGAAACCAUGGAUGUCAGUAAAUCACUUGUAAAACAACAACAGCAAACUUGCUUGGAGGCAAAUGUUCAACGUGCUGAAAGUUUCUCCGGUGUUCUUUCUGAGAGCAAUACCAACAAGCAAGUUCUGUCUCCUCCUGGUCAAUCAGAAACCAAAGCAGUAAAGGCACAAGUUUCAACACCAAGAAACCAUUUGCAGAGAAGUCUCAUGGCUACUUCUAACAAAGAACAACAUUCUUCUGCAAGUCUUUGUUUGGUCGUUAGCUCGCCUUCUCGAGCGAGAAACACCGAGGGUCAUCUUGCUAAUAACGAGACAAACAAUGAGAACUUCAGCAUAUUCUGUGGAACUCCAUUCAGGAGAGGUCUUGAAUCUCCCUCAGCCUGGAAAUCUCCGUUCUAUGUAAACUCUCUCUUGCCAAGCCCAAGGUUUGACACAGACAUAACUAUCGAGGAUAUGGGCUACAUUUUCAGUCCUGGGGAGAGCAUAGGAAUGUUGACACAGAGACAUGAGCAUACAAGUGGAUUCGCAGCAUUCAAUGCAAUGGACAUUUCACUUUCCCCAAGUACUGAUGAUGCAAGGAAGAUGAAAGACUUUAAUAAAGAGAAUAAUGAUCCUCUAAUGGCGGAGGGUAGAGUGCUGGACUUCAACGAUUGCGAGUCUCCCACCAUAACAGAAGAAGUCUCAUCCUACGUCUUGAAGGGGGAUGUAGGUAAAAAGGCUUGAAUCUCCACCUCAAUACAUAAUAUUCGAUGCGUGCAUACAUGAACAUGUACAAACAUGUAUGUGCAACUUUUAUAAACAGAGCUUGCCCCUGCUUGGAUCUAAUUCUCUCUUCUUCUUUUUUCUUUCUAGUGAAUCAACUUUGAAUUUACAUUCUGUGUUCAAUAUAGUAUAUAUAUACAUCACUCAUAUUGCUUGCGUA